AAGAGGCGAUCUAGUCAGUGUGAGGUGAAUCCGCGACGUCGUCGACGAGACAAGAUGGCGGCGGCGAUAAUGGCGGGCGGCGGCAGCGGAGGAGCGGCCGUCCUGACGGGGAUGGCGCCCGGCCCGGGGUCGUCGUCGUCGGCCUUCCCCGCCGGCGUCUGCCCGGCUCCUCCUCAGCCGCCUCCUCCGGGCGCCGUCCGUAUCGGCGACCGGCUCUACUCGGGGGUCCUCAUCACGCUGGAGAACUGCCUCUUGCCGGACGACGCGCUGCGCUUCACGCCUUCCAUGGGCAGCGGCCUGGAAGCCGAGACCGAAGCGCAGCUCCGUGUGACCGGCUGCGAACUCAUCCAGGCCGCCGGCAUUCUGCUCCGGCUGCCUCAGGUGGCCAUGGCUACAGGGCAGGUGUUGUUCCAGCGUUUCUUUUACACAAAGUCGUUUGUGAAACAUUCCAUGGAGCACGUGUCAAUGGCCUGUGUUCAUUUGGCUUCAAAAAUUGAAGAAGCACCACGACGUAUAAGGGAUGUGAUUAAUGUAUUUCACAGACUUCGGUAUCUGAGAGAGAAAAAGAAGCCCGUGCCUCUAAUACUGGAUCAAGAAUAUGUAAACUUGAAGAACCAAAUCAUAAAGGCCGAGAGGAGAGUUCUGAAGGAGUUGGGGUUUUGUGUGCACGUCAAGCAUCCUCAUAAGAUAAUCGUUAUGUACCUUCAGGUAUUAGAAUGUGAACGUAACCAACACCUGGUCCAGACGUCAUGGAACUAUAUGAAUGACAGCCUACGGACAGAUGUCUUUGUGAGGUUCCACCCUGAGAGCAUUGCCUGCGCCUGUAUCUACCUUGCUGCUAGGACCCUGGAGAUACCCCUUCCGAGUCGCCCUCACUGGUUUCUACUCUUUGGAGCAACAGAAGAGGAGAUUCAGGAGAUCUGCAUAACAAUCUUGCAAUUGUAUACUCGAAAAAAGGUGGAUUUGGCUGUUUUGGAAAGCAGGGUAGAGAAGAAGAAGCUGGCCAUUGAAGAGGCCAAAGCCCAAGCAAAAGGCCUUUUAACCGAUGGAACGCCCAGUUUGGAUACCAUAUCAGGAUUCUCUCCUGCCCCCAAAACUGAAUCUCCAAAAGAAAAUAAAGGCGCCAAGCCUUCCCCACUUGCUGUACAGGUGAUCAAAAAUACCAAAAGGAAAAUGGAAGCAAUGAAGAGGGUGAAGUCCAACAGUCCGGUGAAUGGUGUCCAGAAAGGCAGAGAAAGCAGGAGCCGGAGUGGAAGCAGAGACCCAAGUUAUUCCAGGUCUCCUUCGAGGUCGCCAACACCAAAACAAAGGAAGAGCGAGAGCUAUUCCCCCUCAAGUGGCUCCAAAUCUCACAGCCGCUCGAGAAGCCGCAGCGACUCUCCCCCACGGCAGUUCAACCACAGCAGUUCCAGUUACAAAGGCUCCAAGGUGAGGAGCUACAAAAAGGCCCAGAGCUACAAGUACGCCUCCCCCAAGCCGCGGAAAUCACGCAGCAGGAGCUCCUCACGGUCCCGGAGCCGCUCACGGGAGCGUUCCGACCACUCUGGGAAAUACAAGAAGAAGAGCCACUACUACAGGGACCAGCGGCCCGAGCGGCCCCACUCGUACGAGAGGCCGAGUCACCGCUACGACAGAGACCACCCAGGCCACAGCCGGCAUCGGAGAUGAGUGGCGCCAGCGAACAGCCGAAGGAAGCCCCUCUUCAUUCCGGAUUUGCUGGGCGUGUCUCAUCAUUGCAGUCGGAGGAUCUGUGAAUUCAUCCGUCUUGACAGUAUUGAAAUGGGCUUGUGUUGAAAUCAGGUCCAUUUUAGCUCUUCUCUCUGGUACUGUGGAGAGGUUGUGCUACUUCCUGGAUCUUUCAUCUGUUCUUAAUAUCGGACUGGAGAUGCUGCUUUGCACUGUAGGAACGGGAAUCGUGUUCUGAGAUCGUUUGACUCUUCGGAGAGAGCCGUCUUCGCACAGGCUGUUGACUUUGGUGACGUCCCUUUCCCCAAAGCAUCUUGGAAGCACAGCCCUUGUGACAUUGAUUGGUGCUAACAGUAGUCUGUCUGUCUCUCUCUCUCUCUCUCUCUCUGUUUUGGGGCUUUUUGCCCACAACGGACAGGAUUGCAUUGUAUAACACAAGGUGAUGAUUUGAUUUUUAGAUUCGAUGCCUAUAUUAGGCAGAUUUUUUUGUACAUACCCGAUGUUGAACAGUAAGGACAGAGAAAGGCCUUAAUAUAAUCCUCUAAACUUUACCCACAGAUUGCAAAUGCAUUGGGGGGGAGGGGAGCUUGCGACCUACAUAUUGAAUAUUCAGAACUUCAGAUUCCUCAACUGAAGACCUGCUUUUUUUGUUUUCCUUUUGCAUUAAAGAACUCUGUGGAAAUGUGAAAAGUAUUUAGAUUUUGUGUGUCGAAAGUGGUCUGUUUUUUUAAACUGGUGGAAUGCCUGGUGCUGCCCACCGGCUCAGGACUUUGGGCCAUUUUCAUAUAAUACAGCAUUUAUGUGGUUUAGAUAAAACUCUCUACUCAGGAUCUUUAAAAAAAAUGCUGAAAAAACCGAUCGCUUGUCCAUGCUUUGCUUGCUUAAGAGAAAGGUGUUUAUAUUAAAAACAAAUGUACAUGGCGCAGGAAUAUCCGUUUUAGUGGUAUUACCGGAGCCUGUUCUCCUUUUCCCCAAUUUCAUUAAAGUAUUUGAUUUUGUAUUUAAA